AUGGAACACACUCGAGACGACUUGUGUGGUUUUUCUUCCAUCAGCGCCAUUGCCAAACCCGUAGGCGCGUUUUCUGGACGAUCGGCAGCCGUCCGACCGACGGAAAUAGUCAACGCCAAAGUUCCAGGUCGACUCUGGUCACGAGUCUGGUCGCGUCUGUUGGCCGGUCUACAGCCCAGUUCUGGCCAAUUGGCCGCGUGUGACACUCGCGAGUGGAUUUCGCUGAGCCGAAGUAACAGCAACAACUGCGGUUUCGGCCACCUUCAAUUGGGCGGGUCGGCCAUUGGCCGGCCUGUCCUUCUGUCGGGACUCGGUGCCCAAACCACCGUCACGAAAGGCGGCCAACUGGCCUUGGUUCGAGGCCCCAGCGGGCCACUGAUGGGCACAAUCUGGCCGGGUCUGGGUGGCCAGAAGAUGCAGGCCACACGUGGACUUGGCAAACCACAGUUGGAUGGUCCGAUUGGUCAAUCGGCCAGCUCCGGGCAGCUCGAAGUAGGACAGUCGAGAGAUGAGGCGAGGCUUGGACUCAGGGCUCAUCAAGAGAUUCCACCGAGGCUGACACAGCCCGGCUUCAGACGGCGGUCAAGAAAGUGGACCCUGAAAAAGAAGACAGACUCGGCCCGAGCUAAGACGAAAGAGCUGGACAAUUCUGAGGUACGAUUUGAUCCAGAAUGCGUUUAA